AUGAGACAAAACUUUAUUGGUAUGGUUGUCAGUAAUGCUAUGCAAAAAACUAUUAAAGUGAAAGUGACAAGACAAAAAGUGCAUCCUAUUGUUCUAAAGACCAUUAAAACACAUAAAAAUUAUCUUGUUCAUGAUGAAAAAGAAGUAUGUAAAUUAGGCGAUAUUGUACGUAUUGAAGCUUGUCGACCACUAAGUAAACAUAAGCAUUUUGCAGUUGCUGAGAUUAUUCAAAGUUCUAAAAGUGCAUCAGCAUAA